CGCCGAUUGGUCGGUUUGAGUCGAACCUUUGUUCGGGCAGUCCAAAAGACGCUCGCUGUCGCACCUGUACCUCUCCGCACGAGAUUUUUCUCUGAGACAAGAUUCUAAGAGAUUCCCCUCGAAUCAGUUCCGGAUAGAGGAUUAAUCUCCUGAAAAACAGCCCAGAAUGGCCACAUCCCUGGAACCUGAGGAACAAAAAGGACCUUUAAUAGUUAGGGCAGACCAUUUUGGGGGACAGGACUCCAUCUCACAAAAGUACAGUCCUCACAGAAGGGAACUCUUCAGGCAGCACUUCAGGAAGCUCUGCUAUCAGGAUGCACCUGGACCCCGUGAAGCUCUUACCCAGCUCUGGGAGCUUUGCCACCAGUGGCUGAGGCCAGAACGCCACACAAAGGAGCAGAUUUUAGACCUGCUGGUGCUUGAACAGUUCCUGAGCAUUCUCCCUAGGGACCUGCAAGCAUGGGUGCAGGCACACCAUCCAGAGACUGGAGAGGAGGCGGUGGCUGUGCUGGAGGAUCUGGAGAGAGAGCUUGAUGAACCUCGAAAGCAGGUCCCAGCCAAUUCAGAAAGACAGGACACACUUUUGGACAAGUUGGCCCCUUUGAGAAGGCCACAUGAAUCACUGACUAUCCAGCUCCAUCCCAAGAAGACCCAGCAGGAGCAGGAAUCUGGGGAGCCCCAAAGGAAUGACUGUCAAGCAACUUGUACAUAUGGUAAUCAAAUGGUCUUUAUGGACACAUCCUCAUCUCAGUGACGAGCAGGACUGGGCUUACCUGGAAUGUAACUGAUAAGGACUCUUGGAUAUGCCAAAAUAAAAUUGGAAGAAUGGCCCUGGCAGAAGAUGCUAAAAUGAAAUACUCCUAAUUUCGUCGUUCUGAAUAACAAGAUCUCCUAGAAUCCUAUUAGCCUGGGAAUAGCUGGCACUUAGAAGAGAUACAUAAACAAAGCCCUGAAACUCCAGUUGGCCAAGUAGACUGCAGGUCCCUGAGAUGAGAAAAGUUCCCAUUUGACAGUUUCCAUACAAUUUUCUUUACAUUUUUCAAUUGCAGAUGUAAGGGAGAGCGUUAUAAUUUGAAUUGCUGAACAAGGAAAACUGACCCUGUAUUUAAAAUAUAUAUAUAUUUUCAAGUCCUGGUGAAGGAUUUUUCUCCAGACUUCUUCUGAAGUUGUAGGAGAGAGACUCAUCCUAAGGACUGGUAGAUUCCCCUGAAGGUGGUAAACUGACCACAAGUGCCAACUCUUUGUAUCCUUUUUAAAAAGAUACUCAUCUUCAUCAGUAAGCCACCGAAAACCAACCAUCAGUGACUCCAGUAUGUAAAAGAAGCUGUUAAGCCAAUAUGUUGAUGUUUGAAAACACUUUUCUUAAUGGUAUGGGGGUGUCUCUGAUUUCUAUGAUUUGCUUAAUGAUCAUUAACCUACUAACUUAGCAGUACUUCUGCCACACAUUAUACUUUUACAUAUGCUUAAUCAUACAUUUCAUCAUCUGAUCAAACUAUAGGAAAGGAGGAGGGCACAGAGGUGAUUAGGAAACCAAAAUGGUUAUGAUCUGCCAACAUUUAAACAGUUAUCAGCGAAGCCAGGACUGAAAUCUGGACUUUCUGCCUCUAAUCCAGUCCUUGUAAUUUCUAGCCUGAGAUAGUAUGGUAUUUAGAUUCCAAAACAAUAUCAUUUUAGAGCAAAUAACCAAACUUUAAGAAAUAUAUUGCCUGAUUUAAAAAAAUAUAUUGAAAGGAGGACAGUAAGAUUUGAGGAAGAUUUGGUAGGAUGGGGACAUUGUGAUGACAAUGAAGAAUGGGGUUCAUGGCGCUCAGUCCAGAGCCAGUGUUUUCCACACCCAGCCCAGGAACUGAAAUGUUCUAGUAGCUCUAGCUGCUUCUUCCAUCAUACCGAGUGAACCACUGAAAACUAUAUGUGAUUAAAUGAUUGUUGUACAGUUGGGAUUCCUGGGCCUGUUGAAAUGGAUGUUUCAUCAUAACCAAAUAGGUGACACCCAGCAUUAAGACCAAAUAGGUUUACUCCCUCCAAAUCAUCAAAACACCUAUUUUCUUAUAGAAUUCAACUCAACAAAUAUUUAUUGAGUACUUGCUAUGUGCCAAGUUCUAUGCUUAGCUUGGAGUUGAGGAUAUGGGGAUCAGAAAGAAGGAGAGAGCACAUCCGAUUUAGGAGGUUAGGGAAGACUUCCAGAAGGAGACAGCAUUUGAGAUGGACCUUGAAUAAUAGCUAGGCCAGUGGCUCUCAAAGUGCAGUCCCUGGACCAGCAGUGUCUGUCAUACCAAGAAGAGCAAAUUUCAGGGCUCUACUCCAGCCUUAUCAUAUCAGAAGUUCUGGGGGUAGGUAGCACAGCAAUGUUUUGAUAAGCCAUCCAGUUGAUUCUGAUUCAUGAUAAAGUUUGAGAACCACCAAGCUAGGGUUUAGACAGGAGGAGAUGAUAGCGAGGACAUCAGUUUCAGAAAAAGGAUUCAACCCAGCACAUACACCAGACCAUCCACUGUCACUUCCUGCUUAUCUUCCUCCAUUUAUCCUGACCUGCAUGCUCUCUCUGCUUUUAGCUAUUAUUUAUACAUACUUCUCUCCUUUAAUGGUUCCGACUCACUAUAUUCCUCUCAGACCCCUGAUCCCAUUACCUUCUCCAGUCACUUUUACUUGGUUUUACUCCCACUUACUACCUAGGUUUCAGACCCCUCAUGUUUCUCCCAAAAUUUUACCUCCCUCCCCAUCUGUUUUCUAAUCUCCCUGUUUAACCCUCUUAGUUAUCCUUGGCAUGUGUGUAGUCCCCAUUUACCACUCUGCAUUUGCACAGGAUUGCCAAGGAACCCCUUGUCCACAUUUCUGCCUUUUCCUCUCCAUAAUCUAUUCACAAAUAAUGUAUCCUGCUAUCUUCCUUACUGGCCUCUUCUUUAAUUUCUUCCCUAUAAUGUCAAUAUAUGUUUUGAUGGUGCCAAAUAUCUAAUUUGUGCAUUGCAUGUGACUUUUCAUUUUUAUAACACAUUUUUAACAUUUACAUGUUCUUUAUUCCAUAGGCUUUUUGCUUCUUAAACCUAGAAUAGGACCUGUUUAUAUACUGUUCAUUU